AAAUGACUUCAAGGCAGGAGGCGCUAAAACACACAGAGAGAAACCGCACUGGUUCCUCCGGAAAUUGCAUGGGUUUGGAUACCGCUCCGAAAUCCACCUGCUGAUGCAGAGACCGGGAGACAGCGGAGCGGAGUCCCGCAGCCACACGCUUAGGGGAGCGGAGAAGGCGCUCCGCCAAGUUUGUGCUUUUGCACAGAGCGAUCGGGGGUUUUAGUUCGUCGUUUGUGUGAAAAGGAUGGACUUGCUCAGAGUCGAUUGUUUGCUUUUGGGAAUUGUUUUUGGUGGUGUGGCCCAUGGACUGGAGAUCACCUCGACUGGGUCAAGGUCCAUCGAGAAAGCCAGUGGAGAUGGCGUGAAGCUGGACUGUGAGUUCACACUGGCCCCUGAAGACACUGGGCCCCUGGACAUUGAAUGGAUCUUAAUGGCCGCAGACAACCAGAAUCUAGACAAAGUUAUAAUCCUAUACUCGGGAGACCGGGUUUAUGAAGAUUACUACACGGCCACGAAGGGCCGGGUGCACUUCAGUUCGACUAGCCCCAAGGAGGGCGACGCCUCCAUCAACAUGACUGGACUCAAGACCUCCGACACGGGCACGUACCAGUGCAAGGUGAAGAAGGUCCCGGGCCUGGACAGCAGGAAGGUGUUCCUGUCAGUCAUGGUCAGGCCGUCCAAACCUCAAUGUUUCAUGGAGGGCCCGUCCCAGGAGGGGAAGGACCUGGUGCUCAGGUGUUUGUCCUCAGAGGGCACCAACCCCCUGCAGUACAGCUGGGAGAAGACCAGCGACGGCAAACUGCUACCUCCCAGUGCUGUGCUGGACCCCAUCAGCGGCACCAUGAGCAUCAGAAAUGUGUCUGCCAGCGCUUCAGGCUCGUACCGCUGCGUGGCCAAGAACCGUGUGGGCAAAGACGAGUGCGUUCUCCACCUGCGCAUCGCCCCCUCCCCUAACAUGGCCGGCAUCAUCGCUGGCGCUGUGAUCGGGGUUCUGCUGGCCCUCAUCUUCAUCGCCAUCAUCCUCUUCUGCUGCUGCCGGGCCCGCAACAAGAAGAAGUACGAGAAGGAGAUCGCCUACGAGAUCAGGGAGGAUGUCCCCCCUCCCAGGAGCAGGGUGUCGAUGACUCGCAGCCUGACCAGCGUGGGGAGCCAGCGCUCAUCCCUGGGCUCCAUGUCCCCCUCCAACCUGCACGAGUACGCCGCCAAGCCGCAGUACGACAAGGUCCCGAGCGAGGAGUUCGAGCGGCCGCCCGGCCACGCCCCCCCGCCGGCGCUGCCCAGGCCAGGGCCCAACCUGAGCCGCAUGGGGGCGGUGCCCGUCAUGAUCCCCGCCCAGAGCAGGGACGGGUCCAUCGUGUAGCGGGUCCGCGGGGCCCGGGAGAGGGACAGCGCGCCGCCUCCGCAAGCGAGUGUGUGCUGUAGCACUGCAGAGACCGCAGACACUGCACUCUGCAGGGAACACACGUGGCACCGCUGCACAACACACACAACAGCAAGACUUUCCACUGCUUUUCAAAGAGUCUUAUACAAUAUAUUCAAUUUAGAAUUGAAUGAAAUUGAUGCCAAACCCCACCUUGUUGUAUAUAGGACGCACAUGUGACACAUAACAGAAAAAGCAUGAUGGCUUUUUUUUAUUUUUAAUGUGUAGCCUGUGUCUGUGGAGUGUUCAAAGCCGUGAAUUCGGUUGUUUUUUACAACCUAGUAAUGGGACUCCAGGCAGUCAGGGUGCUGCAGUACUGCCCAGGUCUAUGAAAACGAAAUGCUUCUGAAAAUGAAAUCAUCCCCAUUUCAUAUUGCUGAACUUUCCUCAUGUGGAAAUGCUACCUGUGUGAUCAGAUUUUUUUCUGUAAAUCAUGGUUUAAAAUCAUUUUUUUCCCUGAUUAUCUGCCUGUUGAAUUGUCAGGUUGUUUUUAAUGUUAACGUCAGUGCUUUUGAUAAGACCUGACAUGCUUAAAUUAUCUGACAUAAUCCAGAAACGGACUUCUCUGCCAUAGUGUCUGAUCCAUCCAGUAGCAGGAAUAGAUAUCAUUGAAAACUACAAUGGAGUUCUUAGCCUCAGAAAAAAGGAUUUUUAAAAUUCUUAUCAGAUUCAAGGAGUUUUUCUCUGCCUUUUUACAUAUGGAUACUACUGGAUUGUCUCCAAGUCAGUUAUAAUUGAGCAUUAAAAUAAGCUUUUGCUGAAUAAUUCAUCCACUUUGUCAGUUGUUUCUCCAGGUCUUAAUCCAGUGGCUCAAGCAUGGCUUUGCAGACAGAAGAUGCUUAAAGCGUUCCCUGUAGGAGGACUUAGUGAGAGGGGUGUGUGAUUGGUCUGAUUGUCCUGUUGAGACCCCCCCCACCCUGUUGCUAGGGUGGGAGUGCAGUGAAGCUACUGUAAUGUGCCAUACCUUCUGUCCUCUCAUGGCAAGCCAACACAUUCAGUCAGCAGGAAGGUCUCGCAAGGCGCAACUUUUUUCCUCUUUUCUUUCAUUCAGGAAUCUACAUCACACAAAAACUGGCUUUGUUUGUGUGCAAGACUUUCUUAUAAUUUGAUCAAAAGUGCAGUGGUUCGCGAAAUGUUAGUGUUUGCGGGGCAGAUAGAGGAUACCUUUCUCAACAGUCAAAGGGAGGUACGAGGGGGUUCA